AUGGCCAACACGCAGAUCCCCAGCUGGAGCCUUGAGGGUAAGGUUGCCGUCGUUACUGGCUCUGGCCGUGGCAUUGGCAAGGAGAUGGCUCUUGAGCUUGCCCGCCGUGGUGCCAGUGUCGCUGUCAACUACGCCAAUGCAAAGGAAGCCGCCGAGGAUGUCGUCAAGCAGAUCGAAGCGAUGAAGACUGGCGCUAAGGCCAUUGCCAUAAAGGCCAAUGUUGCCAACGUCAAGGAGACCCAAUACCUCAUGGAUGAGGUCAUCAAGCAGUUUGGCAAGCUCGAUAUCUGCUGCUCGAACUCCGGUGUUGUCUCUUUCGGCCACUUCAAGGAUGUCGAAGAGGCGGAGUACGACCGUGUCAUGCAGAUUAACACCCGUGGACAGUUCUUUGUAGCCAAGGAGGCGUACAAGAGGAUGUCUGUUGGUGGCAGGAUCAUCCUUAUGGGAUCCAUCACUGGUCAAGCCAAGGGUGUGCCCAAGCACGCCGUCUACUCCGGUUCCAAGGGUGCUAUCGAGACCUUCACCAGGUGCAUGGCUAUUGAUGCUGGUGAGAAGAAGAUCACUGUCAACUGCGUCGCUCCCGGCGGUAUCAAGACAGACAUGUACCACGCUGUGUGCCGCGAGUACAUCCCUGGAGGUGACCAGCUCAGCGACGACCAGGUCGACGAGUACGCUGCUACCUGGUCACCGUGCGGCCGUGUUGGCCAGCCCCUCGACAUCGCUCGCGUUGUCUGCUUCCUGGCAUCCCAAGAUGGUGACUGGGUGAACGGCAAGAUCAUCGGUAUUGACGGUGCUGCUUGCAUGUAA